AUGAACCAAUUUCCAACUCCAAUCUCUCCAAUUCAAACAAUCCGCCCAACAAGCGAAUCUUCAAGCCCACCCAGCUCCCGAACAACUUCUCCACCCUCCUCACCAACCUCAACAUUCCGCCACCGGUCCCGAACAACAAGCAGAAGCUUAACAUCACCGCACCACCUCUUCAACCUCUCAUUCCAACCACACCACUCCUCGCAAAGUCAGGACCACCACUCGAAUUCAUCUACAUGUGAGCACCACGUGGUUAGCAUUCUACCUUGUGCCGUCCUUCGCGGCCGCUCAUCACUUAUGGUUGUGAGACGGAGACCUUCUGCCGUUGAUAUGGCGCUUAGCGAGGAGCGCUCGAGAUGCGACGGGGAUGCCAUUGAAAGGGCGGGAUUGGAUCUUAUGGAGCCUAGACCUGUUGAGAUGGAGAGGGAGACUAUGAUGGCUAUGAAUAUGAAUGCGGGUAUGGGUGUGAAUAUGGGCGCGCGUGCGGCAUCUAAUGGAAGUGGUGCUUCGACUUCUUCGAAUGAGGAGAAGCGUGGAAGUAUCUUGCGACCGCAGCAUUCGCCACGUUUUGUUAUGGGGGGCAUUUUUGAGGUUAUGGAGGGCCGGGCUUGA